CAAGAUUUUCAUCCAAAAUUGGAUGAAAACUUUUAAUGGCAUUUUUUUUAAUCAUAUAUAUUUAUUCUUAUAUCCUUUCUUAAAUAAUUACUUUACGCCAGUUGAUAGGCAUAAUAUGUUUUAUAAAAAAAUAACAAUUAAAAAAAAACAUUCGGAAAUGUUCGGUCUUUUUUCAAAUUGAAAGUAGGAUUUACAAAUUACAAUAUCAACAUGGAUGUGUUGUUAGCUAUUCAGACAUGUAUCGAACGUUUUGCAUUUUUUCCUUUUAUGGAAUAAAAUCGUUUAUUUUCUAAACAAAUGAAACAUGUUGCUGGAAUUUCUUUUAAAGGUGUUCCGUCCAUUUUGUAAAUUGCAAUCACGUGCCGUUUCUAUCAUCACGUGAUAUUUGUGAAGGCAGUGAUUACUGUACUGCAAGGGAAGUAACACUGCGCGGAGUUUGAUCGAAAACAUUGUUUUCGAUAAAAUGGCCGAGGAGUUCCGAAUGAUCUUUUUGGUAGUUUGGGUUAAAAGCAUGGAUACUCUUCAAAUAGAGGUAAGGCUCGACCAAACAUCAUAUACCUGUCUGUUUACAACAACGAUGGCGUUCUGUAAUAAAAUGGCGAAAAAAAGGUGUGCAAACUGGACAGACAAGGAGAAGGCAACGGCUAUUGGUCUGAUUGUGGAAGAGGAGGGCAAAGGGCUGUUCUCAACGUUCCGUGGUGCCUCUGAAGGUGCACACGAGAAAAAACAAAUGUGGGAGAACAGGCAAAUUGUUUACAUUAAUAUUCGCAAGUUGUUACCAUUUAAUAUUCGCGAAUUGUUAACAUUUAAUGAUCACCAUUUGUACAAUUUGUUCACAAUUUGUGUACGUACAUGUAUGCACCUUUUAAUGACUAGUUUUUCCAUGUUGAAAUUGGCUUAAUACUCUUGUAAACAACCAAUGCUACAUCUUUUGAUGUUUAAAAUCAGGGCUCUCACUAGGCUGAAAAUUUUGGGAGAAGUGACUUCUCCCUUCAGUCAAUUUAGGGAGAAGUGGGGAGACUUUAGGGAGAAGUGAUACUUUUUAUAACACCUGAUACAAAAACGAUGCCAUACCACACACCUCAGUUUAUAUUCACAUUCAAAUUGAUUGCUAUAACUAACAAAGAGAUCUUGGCGAACCAUCUAAGAGGUGCUAACCCGCGGCAUCCCUGGGGGUGUUAAAACAUAUGUUACAGGUAUAGAACACCCCUCAUUAUGAAAAUAAUUUAACAAAACAUUUAAAGCUGCAGAACAUAUCUUCAACCAUAACUGCAGCGAUUAAACUGUUAUAUCAAUCACCUUUUCAGGGUUUAAAUGAGAAAUACAAAAUGUAUAUGUUAGCAUUAUAAGUCAUGUUUUUGUACUGUACAACUUUUUAUCCUAUUUAUAUAUUUUUUUUAUAAAAACAUGAAUUGCAGUAUCAUCAGAGCUAGAAGUGAACAUGCCCUCUACUCCAACCGAGGAUGUAACUGUUAUGCCAUUGGGUGAUAUUGUACUUUAUUCCUUGGUUCAACAUACACCUUAUCACAUCUUAUCCACGCAGAACAUGCUUUAACAUUUACAAUCGAUUUCAACAUUAAAUUAAUUUUACAUCUUAUAAUGCAUGCUUGUUUAAACUGUACAAUCUGCCAUUUUUUACUCUUGUUGUAUUGGUACCUAGUUCUGAAUUUAAUUAUAAAUAUUUCACUGACAACGUGUACACAAAUAAUAUAUGCAGCAAAUGAACAACAUGAUAUUCCACUUUUGCACAUGAUGACCAAGUAUAAAACCCACAAAACUCAACUUCUAUUUCUGUUGCAGUAUUCUCUGUAUCAGCUGUACAUGAAACAGAAUCACCUGACCAGCCACAGCCACCAGUUUCUUGUCCUGGUACCAGUGUCGCCUGUGAUCCUGCAGAGGCUCUUGACAACAGUUUUGUCUAUGAUUCCUCAAGUUACAUGACAAGCAGAACCGGCUACUGGUGACACCAUGGUGCAUUACAGUUUUGAUUAUUCCCAGCAGGUGUUGUAUCCGCACUAUGCCCAACAGGUCGGAAAACUUUUCUUCAAAACACCUAGAAAAUGUGGAUGCUUUGGAGUCUGCUGUGAAUCUUCAAGAACUCAGAUUGUUUAUCUUCUGGAUGAGGCUGUCGGGAAAAGUGUUGGCAAAGGGGCAAACAGUGUUGUAUCCAUGGUACAUCAUCAUUUCACCCAUCUGGCCUAUGGGGAGAAGAGAGCAAUGCUCCAUAUGGACAACUGCAUAUGGUAUGUGGAGGGUCAUGAGAGGGCUGCACAAGGAGAUAGAAUUCAGCUUGAUGGAGGCAGGCCACACCAAAUUCAGUCCUGACUGGCACUUCGGCUUAUGGAAGGUCAAAUGGCGAGCAUCGAAUGCUGAAACAUUGGAAGAAGUGGCGGACACUGUUCGAAAGUCAUCCCGGGUUGGAUACAAUAUUCCCCAGUAUGUCAAUAACCCAGCUAAGCCGGUGACCUUUUACAAUUGGACCGAAUUCUUUAGGACUUUGUUCAAGCCUAUUCCAGGGCUAACCAAAUAUCACCAUUUUAGGAUCACUAGUAGCCACCCUGGGACAGUGUUUCUGAGAGAGUAUGCUGACAAUCAAGAGGUUGCCAUAGAAAUUACAAGACCACAAAGACAGCCUAUCCCCAGCAGUGACAUGCCAGAACGGAUUGAUAAUCAGGAACUUGAUGCCAAAAGGUCUUGGUACCUGUUUGAGGAGAUUGCUCCUCUUUGCAACAACAGCUCAGCAUGUUCCAAACCAACAGUUCCAAAACCAUCCAGUGGUGUUAGGCUAUAGUGUUGUGACAUGUUUAUACAUUGAUUGUAAAUGUUGGACUUGUCAGAUUAUUAUUUAACAGUUAAUUGAAGUUAUGGAGACUAUUUUAUCUAUAUUUUUAUCUAAACUUCAUAGAUAUUGUGAUAGUCGUCAACUAAUUAUUUUAGUGAAAUAAACGUGCUUCGCAUUGUAGUAACAGUUUGCCUUUCACCGAACUGAUGCCCUUGUUCCGAACUUGAGAAUUGAAAUGUUAAAUAAUAAUUUUUAUUAAGUGCAGAUUUUGUUUAUCAUGUUUGAAAUCUCCUUCAUUUCUUUAUUAACUAGAAUAUUAUUGAGAUGCUUGAAACACUUGUUACUUUAGUGACAUGCAUUUUGCCCUGUAUAUCUUAAAUGAUUAAUGGCUACAAACUGAUUUUUA